GGGACUGCAAGUGAACAACGAGCUCUGCGUCGUGAUGGCGGCCGCCGUUAACAACAUCGCCGCCACCUUCUCCACCGCAUCCCGUUCCUCCCCCCACGUCCCGACGACGCCCACGGUAGCGUUGUCCGCCGCCAGCUCCCGGCCCAUCUCCGCCUCGUGGAACCCCCACUCCGUUCUCCCUCGCUCCCGCCGCUCCUCGCUUCUCGGCAUCUACGGCCUCCCAGGCCCUCGGCCUCGUCCCCUCCGCCUGCCCGGUCCUUCUGCCGCCCCUCCUCCGCGCACCAUUUCUGCUGGCGAUCGCCUCCCCGACGCGACCCUAUCCUACCUCGACCGCAGCGGCGCCGUCCGCACCGUAUCCAUCUCCGGCCUUACUCGCGGCAGGAGGACCGUCAUAAUGGCCGUUCCAGGCGCCUUCGCGCCCCCGCGGCGUCCCCGAUGGUGGAGCGGCAGUGGCCCCACCUUCGGGCUCUCUGCCGAGGGGCUUGUGAAGAGGGCGGCGGAGAUGAAACAAAGAGGCGGCGGCGGGGUGGUGGUCGCCUGCGUGGCGGCGAACGAUGUGUACGUGAUGAGGGCGUGGGGGGAGCAGCUCGGGGCGGCGGAGGCCGGCGUGACGAUGCUGUCGGACCCCGACGCUGAGCUCGCAAGGGCGCUCGGUUUGGCUCUUGACCUCCGGGGAGGUACCGAGGGGUUUGGGAUGCGAUCCGAGGGUUACCUCUUGGUUGCAGCGGACGGAGUGGUGAAGGCGCUCUUCAGGAACUACCAAAACGGCGGUGGCGCUGCUAUUGUUAGAUCCGACGAUGUCUUCAAAGUGCUGUGACGGAGGUUUCCCUGUUUUAGUUAGGAUAAAACUGUGAAAGAAAUGGAAGGUAGAAAAGAUGGAAUUUUGGGUGUGUGGACUGUGGCAAGGCAAGCGAGUAGCCAUAUUUCCCGUCUCCUUCCGGAUUUUGAUGAUGUUUUUAAUGAAGAAGAACAUUGUGGACUAGGAGCAGGGGAGAUGGUUCUCGUCUUCAAGAUCUGGAUGGAAGUGUUGAGAGCUUACAGCCACUUGGGUGAGUCAUAUAGGUGUAUGCUCAUAGAGAUUUCCGAUCGACUCCUCGGCGGUCAGAGGAAUUCAGCAUUGUCCUUCUGGAGUUUCUUGCGUUUAGAUCUCGAAACUGUGACCUAACGCACAUAGAAUUUAUGAACAUUUUCUCAGUAAAACUAUUUGCUGAGAUUGUAGAAUCA